AUGAGUAUUCCUCGAAAUAUACAUUCUUCGAGUCCUCCAUCUCAUGAUUUAAGCUCGAGAAGGAAAUCGAUCGCCAAGCUCACACGGUCGCCACUUUCAUCUUCACCACUUUCUUCGCAUUCUCCAAACAGGUUUGGAUCAAGACCAAGUUCAUUUUCAAACAAUGGGGCCUUUUUAAAACUUCCACCUCACCUUCGGGAUGAAGAUACACUGUCUUCAAUUAAUGAAGUAUUCCAUAGAUCUGAUGAUGAGAAUGAUCGUUCUUCUAGUGGGGGGAAUUCCGAUUUAGCUUCCGGAUUAAAUGAUCCAAAUGUUAUUUUACAAGCUCAAAAACACAUGUCUCUGGGGGGCAAAGGUGUAGAUCAUCUUAGAUUAGAAGGCGGUGAUAUUACUAGAGAGUUGUACAAGUUGACUCAAGAUCCUCAACAACCUAGUCUCAGGAGAUCAAAGAGUUUUGGAUCCACUGAAUCAAGUAGUAGGAGAGGAUCAACCGCUAGUUCUUUAAAUGUUCCUGGUGGAUUUAGACGUGAUUUCAUUAUACAACAAAAGCUUAGCAAGUUCCAAACAAGAGAAACAAACCUUUUAACCAGAAACUUUGUUGAAUUUCUUAGUAUAUACGGCCAUUUCGCUGGUGAAGAUUUAGAAGACGAGGAUGAUUUAAUUGCUUGUCAUUAUAAACCAUUCAGUCCUCAAGUUGAUGAAGAAACAGCAUUAUUGUCAAAUCAAUACCAUCCUGAUAACGACAUCAAUCCAAACGGUACUGCCACUGAUAGAAAGGCAUAUUUCUUACUUUUGAAGGCAUUUGUUGGUACUGGUGUAUUGUUUUUACCCAAGGCAUUCUCCAAUGGUGGAUUGAUGUUUUCUACAUUGACCCUUGUUUUCUUUGGAAUCUUAUCGUUUUGGUGUUAUUUAAUUCUUGUGUAUUCUAAAAGUGCAACUAAAGUUUCAAGUUUUGGUGAAAUUGGAUUGAAAUUAUAUGGGAAAUGGCUUCAACAAUUAAUUUUAUCUUCAAUUAUUUUAUCACAAAUUGGAUUUGUUGGUGCUUAUAUUGUGUUUACCUCUGAAAACUUAAGAGCAUUUUAUUCAAGUAUAUUUCAUGUGGAAGAUCCUUCUUCAUUAAAUAUCCUUUGGUUUAUUCUUGUCCAACUUGUGAUAUUCUUACCGUUAUCAUUGAUUAGAGAUAUUACUAAAUUAUCAUUACUGGCAGUAUUGGCGAAUGUUUUCAUUUUAAUUGGUUUGGUGACUAUUAUCUAUUUCACCUUGUAUGAGUUAUUAAUUAAUAAUCAUGGCCAAUUUGCUGGAGGAAUUCAAUAUUAUUUUAAUCAAAGUGAUUUUUCAUUGUUUAUUGGUGUUGCCAUAUUUGCAUUUGAAGGAAUUGGGUUAAUUAUUCCAAUUGAACAAUCUAUGAUUAGACCUAAGAACUUCCCCAAAGUAUUAUUUCAAGUGAUUAUGACCAUAUCAAUUAUUUUCAUUGGAAUUGGAGCUUUGGGAUAUGUCACCUUUGGUGAUAAAAUUGAAACAGUUAUUUUGUUGAACUUGCCACAAAAUUCCCCAAUGAUCAUGGUUAUUCAAUUGUUAUAUGCCUUUGCUAUUUUAUUAUCUACUCCACUUCAAUUAUUCCCUGCAAUUAGAUUGUUGGAACUGAAAUUAUUUAUAAAGACAGGUAAGAUGUCAACUAAAGUGAAAUGGCAAAAGAAUUUCUUUAGAUUUGCAUUUGUUAUAUUCACAGCCAUUGUUGCUAUCUUUGGUGGGAAAAAUUUGGAUAAGUUUGUUUCAUUUGUGGGAUGUUUUGCCUGUAUCCCAUUAGUUUACAUGUACCCCCCAAUUUUACAUUUGAAAAGUUGUUGUGAUUAUACUCAAUGGGGGCUCCUGGAUAAAGAAAUUAAGAAAAGAUAUUGGUUAGGAAUCUUGGAUUAUGUUUUGGUCGUCAUCGGAGGUGUGGCCAUGGUCUACACUACCCUUCAAAUUUUGGUUGGUUGA